UGUCUCUACCUACAACACAACAGUUAGUCAUCAUCAUUGUGUCAUCAGUAUCAUCACUACGCUGUGAAGCUAGACAAGUAUUAUUAUAUGUGAGUGUAGCAUCAAGAAUUUACAUUUACAUGUAUUAAUUUCGCAGACGUUUUUAUCCAAAGUGACUUACUUAUGUUCAGUUUGGCAAUUCGAAAAUGUGGCCUCUCCCACCAUCAAAGUUGCCCAUCCUUGAUCUAGUAUGGAUGGCAACACUAUGCGGUGGUCAUGUCACGUUCCACUAUGCGGUAGAUCUAGUAUUCCCAAACCUUUUCACAAUUGACCAGUUUUCUUUCCUGUCCAUAGGCUUCUAUACGAGGAGUUUUUUGGGGGAGUGAGUGGUCUAACAGUGGAUCAGUUCUACAGAACUAACGGCUUUGCUAACGGUUUCUGGGGCUGGGGGGGCGAGGAUGAUGACAUGUGGAACAGGGUACACAAUGCUGGUUACUCAGUGAGCCGUCCUCAAGGGGAUGUUGGUCAUUACACGUCCAUCCCUCACCAUCACCAUGGGGAGGUGCAGUUUCUCGGCAGAUACUCUCUACUCAGGAAAUCUAAGGAGAUGCAGGUGGUGGAUGGCCUAAACAACUUGCACUACUCCCCUCUAGUGGUGCGAAGGCCUCUGUACACUAACAUUACAGUGAAUCUCAGCUGGGACUUUGGGAACUCUGACUGAUGCACUGUAAUCUGCUGUUACCCUACUGGCCUGGACUCAGAGGCACAGAGACCAAGCAAAUUAUGUUAUAUAUUAUAUUAGAUAUGCCUCCAGGUUGCAGACCCAGGGAUCCCCGAACCUCACUCUGAGAACCACUUGUAUACAAUAGGUUC